UGCGCCCUCAGGCCGUGCUGCCCUGUGCUGGCCACGUGAGCCUUCCCCUCCUGCAGAGGUGCUGGCUGCGCCCUCAGGCCGUGCUGCACUGUGCUGGCUCUCACCCGUCCCCGUCUCUCCUCCCAGACGAGGCGGUGUCCCAGAACUGCGGGGUGCUGGUGCACUGCCUCGCCGGCGUGAGCCGCUCCGUGACGGUGACCGUGGCCUACCUCAUGCAGCGCCUCAACCUGACUCUCAACGACGCCUACGACCUGGUCAAGCGCAAGAAGGCCGACAUCUCGCCCAACUUCAACUUCAUGGGGCAGCUCCUGGACUUUGAGAGGGAACUGGGGCUGGCUGAGGGUUCGCCGCGCAGCCCUGGCGCCCCCACUGGGCACGGCCAGACUCCCCCCUCCUUCUUCACACCCCCAUCCUCCGAAUGUGAGGAAGAGAGUGGCAGCUUCCAACCCUGCCACCCCCCAGGAGCCGCAUUGGCUAAUCUGGGCAUCACCAGGUUGCCGGGGGUGUAUGGCUAA